AUGAGAGACUGUUUAUCUGCAAUGAUUGAUUCUGUGGUUAAUAAGGAUUUGAUUCUUUUGAAACCUGAAAAAGUUGGUUCAUAUGUGGGACUUGCCCUUGUAUUUGAAACUUUUACCUUGCGCCAAAUAUUAGGCAACCUUUUGUCAAUGAAUUCUGUUAGUAUGGCCACAAACGAAGAUUCUACUAUCAGAUGCAAAAGAAACCUUUUAAAUUCAUUGUGGGAAGUAGUGAUUGAUAAUUGCCAUGUUUCAAUUAUCACAUCUUUAAUAUCUAUCCUGAUGAAAAUAGAAAACAGAAUUAGACUAAUGGGAUCUGUAGUGAAUAGUGUUCAAUUGAAAGGUGACUACAAGAGUGGCAUGAUCACAUGCUACCCAACUAAUAUUGAUCAAUUUAUCAAAUCGAUACUUAAUUGCAAAUCGCAUACUUCCUUCAAGACUAUCUUAAUCGAUUCGGCUAGUCAGUUAAGACCAGUAAACAGAAUUGUGCCUCCAUCUGAGCCAUCAGCGUACGUAACCACCACACUUACAUUACCAGUAAAACAGGUAUCUGCUAUUCUUGGUCCCAGGGGGUCGAUUUUGAAUUCCAUUAGGUUACAAUCAAAAUGCUGGAUUAAGGUGCAUCCUUCAAAUCAUUCGCCAUUUAUAUCAACUAAACAAUCUCUUCAACAAGUUCAAAUCACUGGAGCAAAAGAAAACAUAAGCAUUGCAUUAAUCGAGAUUGAUAGAAUCUGUGGCACAUUUGUGUGCGCAAGAUGA